AUGUCGAAAUUCAUCUACUCCCCAACACGCAAGGAAAAGUACGUCAUGUACCUAGACAAGUUGGUCAAGCUGAUGAGCAGGGCGAAAAGACACGUCAGCAUCGUAGACUCAAUAUUAAGAAUGGAGGAAGAGCUUUAUCAGCUGGCUCUCUUGCAAGAUAAACAGCGCGUGGACAUCAGGAACUUGGCCUCGUUAACUCCUGCCAUUGGCCCAGGAAUGUGGAUCGAGACAUUCGGCAAGUACUUUGCGCUGUCCAAGUUCUUCACCAACCACACGGUAGUCAUUCGAAGCUCCCGAUAUUUCCAGGCGUUGUUCUCCUCUCUGUCACACAAAGAAGGCGCUCUUUACUUGGGGUGGCGAGUGGCUCGCUUUGCGGGCUGUUUCACGCACCAAGUUCGAACCCUAGAGGAGGCCGUACAGCUCAACUUCGACUCUUGCAGCCAACCUAUUCACAAACCGAAACAUUUCUGCCGCGCUGUGGCAUCGAAAGUGAUGCUCCCUCAGCUUGUAGCUUUCGCAACCAGUGCUCUGACAAGCCAGGAGGAGGUCCAAGGAGUCCACACCAUAGUCGAAAAUGUCAGGAAAUCUAUCGUUAACGGUAUCACCCUGAACCCCUGGCUCGACAACCAAACCAAGAUAAUGGGGCUCGAAAAGUUGAAGAAAAUACGUUACCUUUUUCCAGAGAUGGAUAACACAACUGUUACAGAGUUGCCGGAUAUGGGACCGGAUUUCUUGCAGAACUGGAUCCAUGUAGCUGCAAGGGGAAGCGCCGGCAAUAUAAACGUCGAAGGUCGUAUCAAGCGCCUGUACCAGGAACAAGUGCACUUCGAUAUAUUUAAGAACCAACUUCAUGUUCCCGUUUCCGCCACCAAACUCCCGCUUUAUUCCGAUCAGUUACCAGCUUCCGCAAAUUACGGCCGACUUGGACAACUGGUGGCUAACGGAAUCUUACGUAGCCUCGACGCCCAAGGGAAGGCCGUGGACGAGAGAGGCCGCAAGAAUCUCUGGUGGUCCCAAAACUUCACAAACAUCUACAAAGGUCGUAGGGCGUGCUUCGCUAGGUCGUACAACGCGACAAGUAAAUCGAACAAAGCAAACAUCGUGGAAGACGUCAUCAAUAGCGCUGCAAUUCGUUACGCUUACAGCGCUUACAAGGCUGUCGAAGACAAGACUGAUGGUGCUAUACUAGAGGGCUUCAGCGCGGAUCAGACUUUCUUUUUGUCUUAUUGUCACGCGUUCUGCGAUAAUGUCAAGGAUGGGGAGAACCGCUGUAACAAGCCCUUGGCGAAUACGGAGGAGUUUUCCCGCGCUUUUGUGUGCAGGCCCAACGAUCCGAUGAGUCCUAGUGAUAGGUGCUACCUGUGGUGA